AUGUCGACAAUAUUACAUCCGGAACUUCUUUCCCAAAUCCGGAACCCUGAGUCUCUCAAGUCCCGCGUAGCUUCCCUCCGAGUCCUUAAGAACGACUUGAUCGGCCACGAGCAUAAAAAGCAAACCGCAGUCGAAGAAGGCAUUGUGCCCGUUUUGUCUGCGGUGCUCGCGAGUCCCAUUCUCGCUGGAAAGGACCCGGCUACUGCACAGGCAAACGGAAAUGGAAUAUUCUCGAUUCAACAUGAUGGCUCCGCCGAUACUUCUCACCUCGAGGCAGUCAUAUAUCAGCAGUCUGGCGCAAGGAACCUGUCUCUGGGUGAACCCAAGAGAGGACCAUGGGGCCAACCUAUCGGCCUCGUCAUACCCAAACAAAACUCUUCGAAUCCCAUUGACUCGCUCUUGCCAACCGUCCCAUUUCCGCAACCUACAGGCUCAACGAGUUUCCCGCCCUUGGGAUCUCAUGCCUCCUUUGAUAAACCUAGUCAAUUUUUCAGUCCUCUCUCAGCAUAUAGCGAAUCGGCAUUGCCCUCUGAUGAACACGAAUGUGCCAUAGUAUCAUGGCUAAUAUCCAUUGCAAGAGCAGAAUCCGAAAAAGACUACACUGCUCCGGAAGAUUUCGAUCCACACGAAACAGACACAGUCUCACAUACAUCAAGGGUAAUGGAAGAAGCACCCGCUGUGCUAGCUACUUUGAUUAUGGACAGCCGGGAGCUUCAAAGGCACGCAGCUGACGGCGGCGCCAUCAAAAAACUUUCGCAGAUGCUCAAGGAUUCGUUCAUUACGGCUGAAGGCUCUGGGAAAUCUCUAUGGAGUCCCGUGCCAAAUGGCCAUUCCCAGAAAAGCCUCCAACCGGAGAUGCUUCCCGGUCCCCCCGGGGUUUCUCCUUUAGUACUCCACAAAGUCAGAGUUCGCGAAGGCGUUCUUAAAGCGCUUGCUGCACUUUCGCUCUUCAGGGAAGACUACCGAAAGGCCAUCUGUGACAAUGGAGUUGUACCGUUUGUAAUUGACGCUUUAACGCCACACGAACCGGAGUCAAUUAAGAGCAACGGGGAAUCAAAGUCGACAGCCGUUGAAGGGAAUCCCAUUCCCACCCUUCUCGCUGCCUGUGCUGCUGCCCGGUCAUUAACCCGCUCUGUCAGUGUCCUACGCACGAACCUGAUCGAUGCGGGUGUUGCAAACCCCAUAUUUAAAUUGGUCAAAUCUCGUGAUGUCGAAGUCCAGAUUGCAGCCACUUCUGUGAUUUGCAAUCUAGCUAUGGAUUUCAGCCCUAUGAAAGAAGCAAUCAUUUCGGCAAACAUGAUCCCCACACUCUGCGAACACUCUCACUCCGAAAACACGAAACUCCGGUUGGAAUCAAUAUGGGCGUUGAAGCAUAUUGCAUAUAACUCCACCAACGAUGUGAAAAUGAAGAUUGUCGAAGCUCUUGAACCUACUUGGCUCAAGCGUGUCAUAUGCGAGGAUCCCGCGGAUCCAUCCAUUCGCCGAAAGGUCGAGGAGGAUAUCGCUGGAAUGACGAGUAAUGAAAUGGAGGUAACUCCGUCCUACGGAGAACGAACUGACCUUCAAAGUCUUGUGCAAAGUUACAACAGCAAAGACUCAGAACCGCAAAGCCCUGACCUUCGAAUGACUGAUACAAUCAUGCCAGCGAAAACUAGCCUUGAUACGUUUUUGACGGAUAGCGCCCGGCGAAGGAAGCUGGCGUUGAAUGGUGAUCUUGACCAUACGAAACAAAUGCGCCGAGAUGACAUACAGGUUCAAGAGCAGACCCUUGACCUCGUGCGGAAUCUGAUAUGUGGGAAUGGAGCUCCAGAAAUGAUUGACUUUCUAUUUCAAGAAGUCACAGAUCUCUUUGAUAUUCUUGCCGAUAAGCUGCGCCCCCGGCUUCUCCCUAGUUCAAGUCGCAAAGACUCGGCAUCCAAAGCGGCAUCGGUUCCCACGGAGAUCCUCUGUUCGGUAACGUACAUUAUGAUUCAUGUCGCUGCGGGAUUACCGCGACAUCGACAGUUGCUCGCCCAACAUCCCGAACUAUUGAAACUUAUAAUGCCUCUCUUCUCGCACGCGAAUAAGCAAGUUCGGGUUAAUUGCGUAUGGGUUGUAAUCAAUCUUACUUUUGUGGAUGACCAAUGCGACCACAACUGCUGUCGGGAACGUGCUGCGAAGCUUCGAGACCUUGGUGUUCUAGAAAGACUUGCGAGGCUAGAAGAGGAUCCUGAGUCUGAUGUGAGGGAACGGACAAAAACGGCAUUGCAUCUAAUGGGGCUAUUAUUGACUGGCUAG